AAGCGGCAGAAAACAACCCCAAACCAGCAAAAACACCCCAGAACGGGCAGAAAAUGCCCUGAAAGCGGCAGAAAACACCCUGGAACGGGCAGAAAACGCCCUGAAAGCAGCAGAAACGCCCCGGAACGGGCAGAAAACACCCUGAAAGUGGCAGAAAACACCCCGGAACGGGCGGAAAACGCCCCGAAAGCAGCAGAAAACACCCUGGAACGGUUGGAAAAAACCCUGAAAGCAGCAGAAAACGCCCCGAAAGUGGCAAAAACGCCCUGAAAACGGCAGAACACACCCCCAAACCGGCAAAAAUGCCCCGGAACAUGCAGAAAACGCCCUGAAAGCGGGAGAAAACGCCCUGGAACAGGCAGAAAACACCCUGAAAGUGGCAGAAAACACCCCAAACUGGGCAGAAAACGCCCUGAAAGCAGCAGAAAACACUUCCAAAUCGGCAAAACGCCCCAGAACGGGCAGAAAACACCUUGAAAGCAGCAGAAUCGCCCCAAAAGUGGCAGAAAACGCCCCAGAACUGGCAGAAAACUCCCCGAAAGUGGCAAGAAAAGCCCCCAAACUAGCAAAAACGCCCCCAAAAGGGCGGAAAACGCCCCCGAAACGGCAAAAAACACCCCCAGAAGCGCAGGAACACUCUGAAAGCAGCAGAAACGCCCUGAAAAAAGCAAAAACGCCCCGGAACGGGUAGAAAACGCCCCGAAAGCUGCAGAAACACCUCCAAAACGGCAGAAAACGCCUCGAAAAUGGCAAAAAUGCCCCAAAAGCGGCUUUAACGCCCUGAAAGCAGCAAAAAACGCCCCGGAACAGGCAGAAACACCCCGAAAGCGGCAGAAUCGCCCCAAAAGCGACGGCACCCGGCGCGGUGAUGCCGUAAGCGACCCCCAAAACCGCCCGUUUGGAGCCCGAAACGGCGCCGGGAGCUGAAGCUGUCGCCCCAGGUGCCCGCCCAUGGCCGAGGGCUUCUCGCGCGCCGUCCCCCCGCCGGACCCCGGGGACGUCCCCACCCCGCCCGGCGGCGUCACCAUCACCAUCACCGUCACGGCGGCCCCGGCCGACGACGACGUCCCCAGCUCCGGGGACGAGGACGUCGGGGACAAGGACGUCCCGGCCCCUGGGGACGCAGGCCGUGGGGACGACCCUGCCCUGGGGCACGGUGACGCGCGGGCCGAGGGCGUCGGGGACGGGGGCGUCCCGGCUCCCGGGGGCGAGGACGCUGGGGACACGGAGGUCCCAAGCUCAAAGGACAUCGGGGACGGGGGUGUCCCGGCUCGUGGGGACAAGGAUGUCCCAGGUCUAAGGGACACUGGGGACAAGGACGUCCCAGCUCAUGGGGACAAGGACAUCUGGGACAAGGGUGUCCCGGGUCUAAGGGACAUCUGGGACAGGGAUGUCCUGGGUCUAAGGGACAUCGGGGACAAGGAUGUCCCAGCUCAUGGGGACAAGGACAUCUGGGACAAGGAUGUCCUGGGUCUAAGGGACAUCAGGGACAAGGAUGUCCCAGCUCGUAGGGACAAGGACAUCUGGGACAAGAAUGUCCCGGGUCUAAGGGACAUCGGGGACAAGGACGUCCUAGCUCAUGGGGACAAGGACAUCUGGGACAAGGGUGUCCCGGGUCUAAGGGACAUCGGGGACAAGGAUGUCCCAGCUCCUGGGGACAAGGACAUCUGGGACAAGGAUGUCCCGGGUCUAAGGGACAUCUGGGACAAGAAUGUCCCGGGUCUAAGGGACAUCGGGGACAAGGACGUCCUAGCUCAUGGGGACAAGGAUGUCCCGGGUCUAAGGGACAUCGGGGACAGGAAUGUCCCAGCUCAUGGGGACAAGGACAUCUGGGACAAGAAUGUCCCGGGUCUAAGGGACAUCGGGGAUGGGGAUGUCCCAGCUCCUGGGGACAAGGACAUCAGGAGCAGAGAUGUCCCAGGUCUAAGGGACAUAGGGGACAAGGACGUCCCAGCUCCUGGGGACAAGGACAUCUGGGACAAGGGUGUCCCAGGUCUAAGGGACAUCGGGGACGGGGAUGUCCCAGCUCAUGGGGACAAGGACGUCUGGGACAAGGGUGUCCCGGGUAUAAGGGACAUCGGGGACAGGGACGUCCCAGCUCGUGGGGACAAGGACAUCUGGGACAAGGGUGUCCCGGGUCUAAGGGACAUCGGGGACGGGGACAUCCCAGCUCCUGGGGACAAGGACAUCAGGAGCAGAGAUGUCCCGGGUCUAAGGGACAUCGGGGACAGGGAUGUCCCCAGCCCAAAGCGCAUCAAGGACGAGGAUGUCACAGCCCUAAGGGACUUUGGGGACAGCGACAUCCAUGUCUCUGGGGACAAGGACAUUGGGGUCAAGGAUGUCCCGGGUCUAAGGGACAUCAGGGACAAGGAUGUCCCAGCACCUGGGGACAAGGACGUUGGGGUCAAGGAUGUCCCGGGUCUAAGGGACAUCAGGGACAAGGAUGUCCCAGCACCUGGGGACAAGGACAUUGGGGUCAAGGAUGUCCCGGGUCUAAGGGACAUCAGGGACAAGGACGUCCCAGCACCUGGGGACAAGGACGUUGGGGUCAAGGAUGUCCCGGGUCUAAGGGACGUUGGGGGUGGGAAUGUCCCAGCCCUCGAGGACGAGGACAGUGGGGACAGGGAUGUGGCAGCUCCUGGGGACAAGGACGUUGGGGACAGGGAUGUUGGUACCAUCAGGGACACUGGGGACAGGGACAUCAGGGAAGGGGACAAGGACAUCGGGGACAGACACGUCCCAACCCCUGGAGACCUUGGGGACAUCAAGGAGAGGGAUGUCCCGGCCCUGAGAGAGGUGGGGGACAAGGACAUUGGGGACGGGGACAUCCCGGCUCUAAGUGACACGAGGCACAAGGACAGUGGGGACCGGGAUGUCCCAACCCCUGGAGACCUUGGGGACAUCAGGAACAGGGGUGUCACUGCCCCGAGGGAGGUUGGGGACAAGGACCCUGGGCAUAGGGAUGUCCCAACCGCUGGGGACACCGGGGACAGGGACGUCUCAGAGCUUGGGGACAUCGGGGACAGGGAUGGCCCAGCCCCUGGGGACAUCGGGGACGGGGAUGUCCUGGCCCUGAGGGACGUUGAGGACAGGGCCACCAGGGACAGGGGUGUCCCAGACCUUGGGGACAGGGGUGUCCUGACCCUGACGGACAUCGGGGACACAGAUGUCACCGCCCCAAGGGGGGACGAGGACACCGGGGACCUCCCAGGCCUGAGGGACCUUGGGGACGUCCCAGCCCUUGGGGACAGCGGUGUCACUGCCCUGAGGGACCUUGGGGACAGGGAUGUCCCAGCCCUGAGGGACCUUGGGGAUGUCCCAGACCUUGGGGACAGCGGUGUCCCUGCCCUGAGGGACCUUGGGGGCAGGGAUGUCACUGCCCUGAGGGACCUUGGGGACGUCCCGGACCUUGGGGACAGCGGUGUCACCGCCCUAAGGGACCUUGGGGACAUCCCAGACCUUGGGGACAGGGAUGUCCCAGCCCUGAGGGACCUUGGGGAUGUCCCAGACCUUGGGGACAGCGGUGUCCCUGCCCUGAGGGACCUUGGGGGCAGGGAUGUCACUGCCCUGAGGGACCUUGGGGACGUCCCGGACCUUGGGGACAGGGAUGUCCCAGCCCUGAGGGACCUUGGGGGCAGGGAUGUCACCGCCCUGAGGGACCUUGGGGACAUCCCGGACCUUGGGGACAGUGGUGUCCCAGCCCUGAGGGACCUUGGGGACGUCCCAGACCUUGGGGACAGCGGUGUCACUGCCCUGAAGGACCUUGGGGACAUCCCGGACCUUGGGGACAGCGGUGUCACCGCUCUGAGGGACCUUGGGGAUGUCCCAGACCUUGGGGACAGGGAUGUCCCAGCCCUGAGGGACCUUGGGGACAUUCUGGACCUUGGGGACAGCGGUGUCACCGCCCUGAGGGACCUUGGGGCCGCCGCGGCCGCCGCCGCCAUCACCAUCACGGUGACGGCUCCACCCGGGCAGGACGAGGACGAGGACGAGGCGGGCGCCGCGGGCGGUGAUGUCAUCGCCGCCGCCGGCGACGUCACCGCCCAGGUUGACGCCGGUCCCUCCUUGCCCGGGAACGACCUCGCCGGUGACGUCACCGCCCAGGUUGACGUCAUUUCCUCCUUGCCUGAGAAUGACCUCGCUGAUGACAUCACCGACCAGGUUGACAUCGGUCCCUCCUUCCCUGGGAGUGACCUCACUGAUGACAUCAUCACCCGGGUUGACAUUGUUCCCUCCUUGCCUGGGCGUGACCUCACUGAUGACAUCACUGCCCAGGUUGAUGUCAUUCCCUCCUUGCCUGGGCGUGACCUCACUGAUGACAUCAUCGGCCAGGUUGACGUCGUUCCCUCCUUCCCUGGGAACGACCUCACUGAUGACAUCACCGCCCAAGUUGACAUCAUUGCCUCCUUCCCUGGGAAUGACCUCACUGAUGACGUCAUCACCCGGGUUGACGUUGUUCCCUCCUUGCCUGGGACCGACCUCGCUGAUGACAUCAUCAGGGAGGGAGCCGCGGCUCUUCCUGGCACCGCCCCCGCCGGUGAUGUCAUCGCCAGGGCCGAGGUCACUUCCUCCCCCCCAGGAGGCACCGCCCCCUCCUGGGAGGACAUCGCCGAUGACAUCAUCGCCGGGGGCGGAGCCGUGGGUGACCUCAGCGCUGACGUCAGCCCCGGGGGGCGGGAGCCGCCGCCCCCUCCCGCCCCCCAGGACGCCGUCGCCCCGGCGGGUGACCUCACCGAUGACAUCACCACCGACACGCCCGGCGAGGGCGUGGCCGACCGAGGUGACGCCCCGGGCGCCCCCCAGGCGCAGACGCCGGCCCCCCGCUGCCCCCUCGUCUUCCUCGCCCUCGUCUGCCUCGUCCUCACCCUCCUCCUCCUCACCGGCGUCUUCGCGGCCGUCCAUUACAUCAAGGUUUUCCUCAUCGGCUCGGCCCCCUUCUCCGUGCCCGAAUCCUUCCCAUGAGCCUUUGCGGCGGCAGCGGGGGGGGGGGGGUGUGACACGGGGACAUGAGCGUCACCCCCCCCGUGUCACCCCCCCUCCCGUGUCACCCCCCCCCCCCGUGUCACCCCCCCCAACACGUGGCAAUAAACCUCCCCCCUCCCCCCCCC